AUGUCCCAGCAGGAGCCGCCGAACGCCACGGAGAGCCACGCGCCCCCGGGCAACUCGAGCUUCAGCGCGAGCGCCGCGCCGCUUCCCACGCAAACGGACUCCAGGGACAAGUGGAGUAAAAAGAUGGAUUUCCUGCUGUCCGUCAUCGGCUUCGCCGUGGACCUGGGAAACGUGUGGAGGUUCCCGUACAUCUGCUACCAGAACGGGGGCGGGGCCUUCCUCAUCCCAUAUAUCCUGAUGGCCAUCUUUGGCGGCGUACCGCUCUUCUACAUGGAGCUGGCACUGGGCCAGUUCCACCGGACGGGAGCCAUCUCAAUCUGGAAGCACAUCUGCCCCAUUUUCAAAGGGACUGGAUUUGCCAUCUGCAUCAUUGCACUCUACGUGUCCUUCUACUACAACACCAUCAUUGCCUGGGCCCUCUUCUACUUCUAUUCCUCCUUCGCCAGCACUUUGCCCUGGACCAACUGUGAAAAUGCCUGGAACACAGAGAACUGCACCAACUACUUUGGCAAGAACAACAUCACGUGGACCAACUUCUCCAGGUCGCCGGCCGAGGAGUUUUAUACGAGGAAUGUUCUGGAGAUCCACAAGUCAUCGGGCCUUCGCAACGUUGGGGGAAUCCGCUGGCAGCUUCUUCUGUGCGUCUUCCUCAUCUUCACAAUCGUUUACUUCAGCCUCUGGAAGGGCGUCAAGACAUCGGGGAAGGUGGUGUGGGUGACCGCCACCCUUCCCUACAUGGUGCUCUUCAUCUUGCUCAUCCGUGGAGCCACACUGCCUGGUGCCUGGAGGGGUGUUGAGUUCUACUUGCGGCCCAAGUGGCAGAAGCUUCUGGAGACAAGUGUGUGGGUGGAUGCGGCAGCACAGAUCUUCUUCUCUCUGGGCCCCGGAUUUGGGGUUCUUCUCGCCCUUGCCAGCUACAACCCUUUCACCAAUAAUUGUUACCGGGAUGCCAUCGUCACCAGCCUGGUGAACUGUCUGACCAGCUUUGUGUCCGGUUUUGUUAUCUUCACUGUGCUGGGCUACAUGGCGGAGAUGAGGAACGUUGACGUGGAGGACGUCGCCAGGGAUAAAGGGCCCAGCUUGCUCUUCAUCACCUACCCAGAAGCCAUUGCCAACAUGAUGGGCUCUACCUUUUUCGCCAUCAUCUUCUUUGCAAUGAUGAUCACACUUGGCCUGGACAGUACGUUUGGUGGGCUGGAGGCCAUCAUCACGGCUGUGUUGGACGAGUACCCGGAGUACCUGUCCAACCGCAGGGAACUUUUUGUGUUGGGUUUGGUCACUGUCUGCUUCUUGGGCUCUCUCAGCACUCUUACUAACGGUGGGGCCUAUGUGGUGAAACUUCUAGAAGAGUUUGGUGUUGGAUGUUCAAUAAUUGCUGUAGGGUUCCUGGAAGCCAUUGCUGUUUCAUGGUUUUAUGGUAUCCAGAGAUUCACCAGUGAUGUUAAAGCUAUGCUGGGCUACACUCCAGGUGUGUUUUGGAAGGUAUGCUGGGUGGCCAUCAGUCCUGCAUUUCUAGCGUACAUCAUUGUGAGCUCCCUGCUGAACCAGCCGCCCCUCACCCUCUUUGAUUAUGAGUACCCGGAGUGGAGCAUCACUGUGGGCUACAUCAUUGGCACCUCCUCCUUCAUGUGGAUACCAAUAUACAUGAUCUACAAGCUGGUGUGGACCCCAGGCUCUCUCAAGCAGCGCCUGGCUGUGUGCCUACGACCAGAAAGGACCAUGCCAGACCUCCAGACAGAGUCCCUCUCGAUGACCCCUGUCCCCUAA